AUGUCGAUCAUUUUUUCGAUUAUCAUAUCGGAACAUUUUGAGUAUACGGUCACAACACUGGCCCUGUUGGUUUAG